AUGUCUCAUCACAAGAAGCGAGUUUAUCCUCAGGCACAGUAUGGGCAGACUCCAGUACAGCAGCCAAUGGCACCCCUUAACGCGAAUGGUGUUUAUCCUCCAGGAGGUGCGUCGUCAGGAGUCUAUCCUCAAAUGCAGCAGCCCGGAGAAUCUCAACAGCCUCUACAGCAGCAGUUCUUUACCCCGGUUCAGCAGCAAUUGAAUCAGCAAAUUGACCAGACAACAGUAGCCUUGGAGAACAUGCAAUUGCACAACGUUCCUGUAGUCGAUCCCAAUGCGGCGUUUUAUCAGCAGCAACAGCAAGCGCAGAUGCCUAUGCAAUCACAGGUGAAUAUGCCAGUACAAUCGGAUGGUAUGCAUGCUAGAGGCGGUAAGGCAAUGAAUCAGUUGUAUCCUGUUGACCUCUUGACCGAACUUCCUCCUCCAAUUAAUGAUCUAACUCUUCCUCCUCCACCUUUGAUGGUUCCGCCCGAGAGAAUGAUAGUACCAUCGGAAUCUUCAAAUGCAUCUCCAGAUUAUAUCAGAUGCACUUUGAAUGCAGUUCCAAAAACUAAUUCUUUGUUCAAAAAGUCAAAGUUGCCACUAGCUCUGGUUAUAAGACCCUAUCAACACCUACAAGAUGACAUCAAUCCACCACCUUUGAAUGAGGAUGGUUUGGUCGUUCGUUGUCGUCGCUGUAGGUCCUAUAUGAAUCCGUUUGUCACAUUCAUUGAUGGAGGGAGGAAAUGGAGGUGUAAUUUCUGUCGUUUAUCGAAUGAUGUACCAAUGCAAUUCGAUAAAACAACCUCCGGCGUUCCAUCAAAUCGUUACGAAAGAAACGAGAUCAAACAUGCUGUCAUGGAAUAUCUAGCUCCAAAAGAGUAUACCAUGAGACAACCUCCACCUUCUACUUACGCCUUUAUUUUAGACGUUUCUCAAAAUGCUAUCAAAACUGGCCUGUUAGCUACUACUACAAGAACUUUAUUAGAGACUUUGGAUAAUUUACCAAAUCAUGAUGAUAGAACAAGAAUUUCUAUUCUGUGUGUUGAUAAUUCUAUCCAUUACUUUGCCAUUCCAUUAGAUGAGGAAUCUGACCAGGUCACCAUGAUGGACGUUUGCGAUUUGGAUGAGCCUUUUUUCCCAAGACCAAACUCUAUGGUUGUCCCAUUGAAUGCAUGCAGGAACAAUUUGGAGAAAUUACUUAAUCAAAUUCCUGAGAUUUUCCAGUUUAAUAUAAUGAGUAAAUUCGCACUAGGACCAGCCUUGAAAUCUGCUUUCAAUUUAAUCAGUGGUAUUGGGGGUAAGAUUAUUGUCGUAUCUUCUACUUUACCAAAUAUUGGAAUUGGUAAAUUACAAAAAAGAAAUGAAAAUGGUGUUGUUAAUAGCUCAAAAGAGUCGGCACAAUUACUUAACUGUCAAGAUUCGUUUUAUAAAACAUUCACGAUUGAUUGCAGUAAAUCUCAGAUAACUGUAGAUGUCUUUUUAGCCUCUGAGGAUUAUAUGGAUGUCGCGUCAUUAUCUAACUUAGGUCGCUACACUGGUGGUCAAACACAUUUCUACCCUGGUUUCUCAGCAACAAAGUUAACAGAUGUAACUAAAUUUACAAAUGAAUUUUCGAAGCAUUUGUGCAUGGACAUUUCUUUAGAAACAGUUAUGAGAGCCCGUGGUACGACAGGAUUAAGAAUGAACGCUUUCUUUGGUCAUUUUUUCAACAGAUCUUCCGACUUGUGUGCCUUUUCUACCAUGCCAAGAGAUCAAUCCUACGUUUUUGAAGUUACGAUGGAUGACUCGAUUGUUGGUGAUUACUGUUGCUUUCAAAUCGCUGUUCUGCUAUCGCUGAACACCGGCCAACGUAGAAUCAGAGUUAUUACUGUCAGUUUACCAACUUCAGAGUCCCUACCUGAAGUUUAUGCCUCAGCGGAUCAACUCGCAAUGACAGCUUACUAUACACAAAAAGCGGUUGAAAAGGCAGGUUCCAAUCUUGAAGACGCUAGAGAUUAUCUUAACAAAACAGUUCAGGAUAUAUUAUCUGUUUACAAGAAAGAGAUUGUUGUUUCUAACACGGCAGGGGGUGCACCGCUACGUUUAUGUGCCAAUUUAAGAAUGUUCCCACUUUUGAUGCAUUCUCUGACCAAGCAUAUGGCAUUCAGGCCAGGAAUUGUUCCAAGUGACCACAGAGCCGCGUCGCUGAAUAAUCUAGAAUCAAUACCAUUGAAAUACCUAAUCAAAAAUAUUUACGCAAAAGUCUACUCUUUGCAUGAUAUGCCUGACGAUGUUGGUUUGUUUGACGAUAAUGGCGAAAUUAUUCUUCCAAAGCCAAUAAAUGCAUCGGCGUCACUAUUCGAAAGGUACGGUCUAUACCUUAUUGACAAUAGUAAUGAGUUGUUUCUCUGGAUCGGUGGUGAUGCUGUCAAUGAAUUAGUUCUAGAUGUUUUCGGUAUCGGCGAUAUUUUCGAAGUACCAAUCGGUAAACAAGAGUUGCCGUUUGUUGAAAACUCUGAGUUUAAUGAGAGAUUAAGAAACAUCAUUGCCAAAGUAAGAGAACAUAAUGACGUUAUUACGUACCAGUCUCUCUAUAUUGUCAGAGGCGCUUCUCUAAGUGAGCCUGUCAAUCAUGCAUCUGCGAGAGAAGUGGCUACCCUCAGGUUAUGGGCAACGAGUACCUUGGUUGAAGAUAAAGUACUCAACAGUGAAAGUUACCGCGAAUUUCUACAAAAUACGAAAAUGAAAAUAACGAAAUAA